AUGUCAAACCAGGAUCUCGAAGAAGUCCUCCCUUCUCCAUCUGUAGAGAUGAUUCCUCCACGACCUCAACAACAGGGAAGGCUGGCUCUUCUUCCUACCGAAAUUCUUCUCAAGAUUACUGGCGAGCCCGGUAAAGACGGAGGAACUAUACCUUACAGAGAUCUCAAGGGCUUGGCCGUAAGCUGCUCCAGACUCUUCCAUCUCAUUCGCCCAAUGUACUACUUUGCUGAUGGCUACGCCGUAUUUCACUCGGCUGUUGCACAUGGCGACCUAAAGGCCAUUCAAAGAUGCUUUCAACUUGGAGCUGCACCUCAUACCAAGAGUGAACCUCCCAGUUUCUGCACCUGUCCGUCGGAACUGCCACAUAAGAAGCAUAGACCUUUUGGUUCCCCUCUGGAACAUGACGCUACUGGCUCCUUUCCCGUCGGCAAAUGCCUAGAUGGCUUGCAAUGGCUGCUCGACGAAGGCUUAGAAGCGAAUGAGCAGAUGGACCACCCAUUAUUACAGAGCUACGGAUAUUGCGUACCUUACCAGGUGAAUACGGACGCACACCGUCUGUUUCACCAGGAUGAAAGAGACGUCAAGCGCCUGAUCUACACGCCAUUUGAUGUGGCUUUGCGACUGUAUUGCCCGGCAAACUUCCUUGGAGUUGCGCUUGAGGGAUAUAAACGACGCGGACUGGCUAUCAAAAGAACAAAUGUAGGGAAUGUGGCAUGGAAUCUAUUUCUCGGACUCAUGGAUCCUUCGAUAAUUUGGAAAGAAUCAUUUUUGGGCGAGGCCACCCAUGGCUUCCAAAAGAAGAUUCAGCUAUUGGUGGACUAUGAGGUGGUCGACUCAGAUGAACUGCUUGCUUUGCAGUGUAUCCUGGAAGCCAUGAAAGAUAUCACAUCAAAGGCUCAGCGGCUCGGGGGAUUAGAUGAGGAUCGCGACGGGAAGGAAUGCUGGCACAGGCUGUGCGAAGCUGUAAGCCUCUCGGCGCGCCAUCUUGAUCGAUCAAGAGAUAAUGCCCGAUCCCGCUAUGCUCACUACCCUCUUCAUAGCUUUACCCUCGAAGGUCAGUGGAACCCAUGGAGUCUAUGGUUUAACUAUGAGUUGCAGAAGCCUAAGUUCAGGGCCGAGAUGUCGUUUUCCUGGAUGCAGCAUGACUGGUGGAAGCUGGAACAGGAUGAGAACGGGAUGUGGUAUGAUUCUCAGUGGAACUUCUUUCACCGGUACGAGUUCAGCAGCCGCACUCUGCCCAAAUGGCAACGUGUAAACUUUGAUGAAUAUGUGGCUGCGGUAGAGAAACAGUGGCUGAAGCUCAAUCCGUAUUAUUCGACAUCCACAAGUCAGGAUUCCAAUGAUAAGGCAUAA